AUGAACGAUAUGUCAUCUGUUGCAAAAUUUGCAUCUGUUAUAACAGUCAUUAUGGUCCGCUUUCUGGCAGCCAACCUCACCGUGGCUCUUCUCCCUCCCCUAAAGGUCACCUGGAUCAGAAAGCACGACGUGCAGAUCCUGACGGUGGGCACCUUCACCUACACGACCGACCCGCGGUUCUCGGCCCACACGAACGAGCGAGGGGACGAGUGGGUGCUGAGAAUCACGGGCUCCACCAUGGAUGACGAGGGCGGCUACGAGUGCCAGGUGUCAACUGACCCCAAGAUCUCCACCACCUUUCACCUGCAUGUCGUCGUGGCGUAUGCAGAGAUGGAGGGGCAGUACGAGCAAUAUAUGAACAGCGGAGGCGACAUUGACCUGCGGUGCUCCGUGCCCCGCGUCACGAAGCCGCCGGAUUACAUCUUGUGGUAUCACGGGAAGAAGGUUAUCAACUAUUCGGUUAGGAGUGGAGUCCAGGUGUUCACCAACAGGAAAAAGAAAUCAUCUCGCCUGCUUAUCCAAAACGCAGGUGUGUCUGACAGUGGCAACUACACCUGCGUGCCCUCCAACGCCAAAGCCGCGUCUGUCAUUGUUCAUGUCAUACAAGAGGAGACCCCGGCAGCAAUACAACGCGGAAGUAGCGAGAGCCUCUCCGCAAAUCUGCCCAACCUAAUGUGCCUCGUUGUGGUUAGUUUCAUCCGAUUCUCCUGCUUUUAAAGACUCGCUUCUGUCAGAACCCGGAUGUGGAGGUUGCCGGUUGCGGAUUAGCGAAGGCAUUUUUACCUGCUGCAAGAGAGAGAGGGAGCUUCGCUGGAGCCCGGAGCGACUGUCUCCCGCGUGUCAUUUGUUUGCUUCUGAAGGAAGUGAGCUCCCCGAUCAAGCAGUAUUGUGGAAUAAAAGGAGCUGGACCUUCGUAUUUUCCUUCCUUCGUAUUUUCCUGACUCGCGCCAAUUUGAGACACGAAGAGGAUUUUUUAGCUUCGUCUGCUAGAGAGCAACCACACGUGUUUAUUUGGUGUUACAUCUAGCCCUUGUGUGGUGGAACAGUUAUGUCCUCUGGAAGGUCCUCAUGCUGCGUGUGUGCGUGCGUGGAGUGGGGCUAUUGCGAGAGGGGGUGAUCUUAAGUGAAAUGUACAUAUCAGACGUUUUAGAUUGAAUAAGUAGUUCAAGUCAAGGCUCAUUCAUCUCUCAGAUGUAUUUAUCAUUAAUUUCCAAGGCAUUUCUUCAUGACUAUUUUGCAUCGUAGAGAAAAAAAAACAAAAUAGAAGAAAAUCCCAUCACAUUUGCCAAGCUAACGUUUUCUACCUCGCAGGAAAAAAGGUCGAUAUGGAACAUUUGUUUUAUUAAGAGUUUUAUUGACUCUGCCAGUGAUCGUUAAUCCAGAAACGAACAAUUGAACUGUGAUAUUCAAAACAGUGGUUGUAUCAGACAAAGGGGAGAAAGCAUAGCAUAGUUUACAAGAAAAAAAA